AUGCCACCCCCAAGCUUCCCACCCGAAGAGCUCCGGCUGAUAGUUCAAGAGGUGGCUACUCUUCUCAAAGAGCGCAAAGAAACAAUAUCAGUUGCAGAAACAGUCUCAGGCGGCCUCAUCUCAGCAGCGCUCCUGUCUUUCCCCGGCGCAUCAUCCUACUACCGCGGCGGCCUAACCCUCUACACGCUCGAAUCGCGCAUUGCGUUUGCGGGCUGGACCCAAGAAACCGUCUCUGGCUACAGCGGCCCCACGCCAGCCGUUGUCUCAGGUCUAGCCGAGCACACGCGCAGCAAGCUGGGCAGCACGUAUGCUGUCAGCGAGAGCGGGACUGCAGGCCCCACAGGCGGCAGCACCAGGAACCGCACGCCGGGAUAUGUGGCUCUUGCAGUGGCACGCGAGGGUGGGGACACGGCGACGAGAGAGGCAGAGACGCGCAGCUCAGAGAGGGAAGGCAACAUGGUGGCUUUUGCGGUUGAGGCGCUCAAGCUCGUUAGAGAUGUUAUCAAAGCGGAUGGCGGUAAGCUGUGA